UCGAGCACGAGGUCCCUGACGGCACUGGGGGUGGGACAGGCGCCCCGUUGCCACAUGGGGCCUUGCAGAGACCUGUGAGUCGUGGCCCCGAGGAUCGUGGGCUGUCGAGAGGCUGGUCGCUCCAGUAUCUUCGGGUGGAGUUCCUUGCUUCGGAAUGUGGACUUAGGGCGAGCUCAGGCGACCGCGCAGCGGACCUUUUCCGGCAGCCCGUUGACCUGAGGAGUUAGAAUUUACGGCCUUGAAAUUGGAGUCCAAGGUCCAGCACUGGCUCCAACAAGCUGUGUGACCUUGGGGUUAUGCAUUUUCGUCUGAGACAUGGAAGACGACGACGGAGGUGUGGUCAGGGCCUGACAGCGCUGAGAUGUCUUUGAGGCCAUGUUCAUUAACAUCUGUUGGUUAGGGAGGAAUGUUUGCCACCCAUGGGAAACUGUUACAACAGCUGCAAUGCAGAAAUACCCAAACCCUAUGAACCCAAGUGUGGUUGGAGUUGAUGUAUUGGACAGACACGUAGAUCUCUCUGGAAAGUUGCACAGCCAUAGACUUCUCAGCACAGAGUGGGGACUGCCUUCUAUUGUGAAAUCUCUUAUUGGUGCAGCAAGAACCAAAACAUAUGUGCAAGAACAUUCUGUAGUGGAUCCCGUAGAGAAAACAAUGGAACUUAAAUCUACUAAUAUUUCAUUUACAAAUAUGGUUUCAGUAGAUGAGAGACUUAUAUACAAACCACAUCCUCGAGACCCAGAAAAAACUGUUUUGACUCAAGAAGCCAUAAUUACCGUGAAAGGGGUCAGUCUCGGCAGUUACCUCGAAGGCCUGAUGGCAAGCACGAUAUCGUCAAAUGCCAAUAAAGGCCGAGAAGCAAUGGAGUGGGUAAUACAUAAAUUAAAUGCUGAAAUUGAGGAAUUGACGGCUUCGGCAAGAGGGAGCAUAAGGACACCAAUGGCAGCAGCAGCAUUUGUGGAGAAAUGAUAAUGAAAGUUGAUAACACCCAGUUCCCCAGGUCUCUACAAGCUGGCAGUAUAUUUAUUUGUUAUUUAAAAAAUACAACUAUAUUUUCGGUAGAAUUGUUUUUUUAAUAAGCUGAAGAAGGACUAUGUGACUUGAUCAAAACAAAGAGGUGCAGUGUUUCUAAAUCAAAGGGAUUGGCUGAAAUUAGUGUUGUCUGAAA